AUGGACGGAAGUGCGGAUCCUUGGUUGCGCUUGCAGCACCUGACGUUUGCAUCCAGUUGCAGUUCCGCUGAGUCUGCGCAGCCUCUUGAGAAUGUCGCUGGCAUCUUCGUCCUGGGGCGGAAGAUAGGUGCGGUAGAUCUGGUGGGGUGCAAGCAAGGGAUGCAGUCGUGCUUGGAAGGAAGUGGCUCUUUUGGGAAAGUCUACUAUGCGGUGAACUCACAGAAUGGCCAGGAGGUUGCAGUGAAACUGGAAGAACAAAGUGGCGUCUCGGCACCGGAAACCCUAGCACAAGACAGCGACGCGGCACAGCUGGUUGUUUGCAGUGUUAGCAUGUGUGUACGAGCCGCAGGCUUGCACCAGAUGCUUCCUUAUGAAGCGAAGCUUUUGAAGCAUCUCGAAGGGAGCGAAGGCAUCGCAAAUGUCUACUUCUCGGGCAAGGAAGGCACUUACAACAUCAUGGUGAUGGACCUUCUUGGUCCUUCGCUUGAGGACCUCUUCAAUUCGUGUCGACGGACAUUCUCUGUCAAGACGGUCAUUUUGCUUGCUGAGCAGAUGAUUUCGAGAAUCCAGUACCUCCAUGACAAGGACUUUGUUCACAGAGAUUUGAAGCCAGAUAAUUUCCUUGUGGGCGCGGGAAUGAAGUGCAAUGUUGUUCAUAUCAUAGACUUCGGCCUCGCCAAGCGAUAUCGCAACAAGCGCCAACACAUUCCGUUUAGUCAGCGCAAAAGCUUGACGGGAACCGCUCGGUACGCGUCGAUCAACGCCCACAAGGGUGCUGAGCAGAGCCGUCGGGAUGAUCUGGAGGCCUUGGGCUACAUCCUGCUUUAUUUCAGCCGGGGGCUGCUUCCUUGGCAGGGCCUGCAGGCGCAGACCAAGGAGCAGAAAUACCAGAAAAUUCUGGAAAAGAAGCAGAGUAUUCCUGUUGAGCAAUUGUGCGAAAACUGCCCUCCAGUUUUCGCAACAUAUGUUUCCUACUGCAAGUCGUUGGGCUUCGAAGAUGAGCCAGACUACGGCUACUUGAAGCAGCUUUUCGCGGACCGGCUUCGUCGCAGCAUUCCAUGUGCUUGUGUUCUGUCGGACUUCCUGUUGAAGUCGGGCUUGGAAAGCGAUGGCCAGUUCGAGUGGAGUAGCCGGAUCGGCCGAUCUGAAGAAAGCAAGUCCAAGGGUGAGCAAGAAGGCCGCAAGCUCUCGUCGAACUGCAAGCGCUCCCUCGGCGCUGGGGCACCGCCCUGUCACAGCCGGGUCACGGCCCCUCUGCAAGUUUCUGUCAAUUGGUACGUGUUCGGCGACGAUGAAAAAAAAGGCCAGCUGCUUUCAAGCUCGACAGGGGUCGUGGCCACGGAAACUGGCACUGCCAGCAGAGUGACGUCCAAAAACAACCUCGGCGAUUGUAUGGUCCACGAAGCCAGCGACGUCCGCAUUCCCAAUGAGGCAGCUGCGCAAGACCGUCACUUAAGGAUCUCUUCUUUGUGCGGCUGUUUCCGUGCACAGCCGCAGCAAUAA